GUAAUGUGGGUCUAAACAAAUCAUUGAAUGGAAUUCCUGUGGGAGCUCAGUCUCUCUGAUCCCAGCGCUGUAAGGCCUACCUGUGGUCAGACUUCCGGUAAACUUCCUGUUGAUUUUAAACAGUCCUCUCCUGUCUUCACUUCUCACGCUUUCAGUAAAAGAAUUUGGGUAAAAUCUAACAAAAGUCAUGAAGUCAUUUUGAGAAGUGAAGGCCUAUUUCAAUGGCAAAAUAAAAAACAAACAAACCAAGAAUCAACAGAAAGUUCAUUUGUAGUUCUAAACGUAUUUAGUGUGUUUUUUUACUCGCUUUUUGUCUCUCCCAUGAGGUUAUUCCUCUCUCCUACAGCGUCCAUUACAGUUACAUGCAAAUUGACUAUUAUGCAAAGUAGGCGAUGACGUCAUGUAGCGACUUUUAGGACAGCCAAUAACUAGUUUCCUUACUGAGGAGUUGGCAACACUGGCUAAAACAAUAGUUUCUGAUUCAGCUUAACUUUAUAUUAUGCAGCUCUUAACACAUGCGGUCUGACCUGUAUAUAAGUCUGUAAAUACACAGUCCUCUGUUACAUAAAGUUCAUGCCUUCCAAGUGCACCAUAAUGCUGAGGAUUGCGACUGACAGGGACGCUGGAAGAGGAAGCUUCUUUCGCUCAUAUUCGCCAGAGGAUAUGGAACAGGCAGAAACUCAUUUUGUGAGCCACAGUGUGACGGCAAGACACGGACACGGGGAUCGUGUCCGCACCCGAUCUAAACAGUGUUCUGUUGUCAUACUGUCAGUCCUGGGGUCCGCCGUAGUUGUGGCCGCUGUGGGAUUUUUCUGCGCCCUCAUCUACCCGAUUCUAAAAGAGUUACGGGCAGAGAAAGUGAGACGAGAAGAUGGGACUGAACAGAGGAUGUUGGGUUUCUGGAGUAUCCUGGUGCUCUCAGUAUUAGUAGGAUGCAUCUGCUGCAGCUGCUCCUGGUCUCUCACAUACUUUAACUUGUACCAGCCUGGCAUAGUGUUCCCAGCACCGCUGGUACUGGUUCCCUUCAGAGAUACAUCUGCCCAUAGCUUCCACAUGGGUUAUGGUGUUGCUGUCCUUAAUGGCAUCAUGGCUAUGCUGACUGUCAUCUGGAGCCUCACCUAAUACACACACUGACUUGCGGAGUAACCCUCAACUUAACCUAGACCUUACUUUAUACUACCCUUAAUUCAAGUAUUUACAAUUUAAUGAUUCACCAUGCAUUAUGGGGACUAGAAUCCAAGUUCACCACUAUUACAAAUGAAAAAUGUUUGUAGUAAACUUCAUUGUGCGUUCCAAGUUGUUCCCAUAGACUGUGUAUGAAACAUGGAUGAACUGACAAGUUGAUGUCAGGUGUGACACCACACCCUGACCAAUCAACACAUAAAACCUUAGGGCCCCAGUUUUCUUGCACAACAUUUUCACCCACCCACCACAUUACAAUACAAAACACACUUGUAAAACUACCAAAUCCUAUUGUAAAUAUAUUUAAUUAAUGUUUAUUAGGCCAACAUUUACAGGUAUCAAAUAGUGCAAAAAAGUCUUCGGCCCAUACGUCUUUGACCACUAAAAACCAUAAAAGGAUCAAAUCCUAUACAAAGAUCAAAUUCAUAAACAUAAAAUAUACUUAAACAGAAAAUGUCUAAUGCCAAAAUCCAGCCCAUUCAGAGACGGUGUGUUUAAUGUUUAAAUCCAACACGCCUUCCUUUGGUUUCUGCUCUCAAUCCCCAACCUUUGAAGAAAUGGCAACUGUUUCAAUAACAAUGCAUCUCAUAGAACUAAUAUUGUGUUCUAGGUUGUUAGAAAUUACUGUCGCUGGAUAUCUUUGAUCUGCACAUCUGUGCACUUCUUCGAAAUGUAUUUGUUAGUAGUGCAAGCACAGAUUGUUGAACACGCAGAAAACAUACUGUAAUUGUGAGAUUUGAGCAUUUUCUAACACUGACAUUUACAAAUGCAUGCUGUGUUUAAGGACAGGGAAAACUCAAAUAUUAUACAUUUGUAAAUUCCUGAAUAUGGCUACUUUUAGUUCAAAGCAUUGCAAAUGCAACCUCAGUGUUGCUACAUAUUCCUACCAGUUUAAUUAAAAGAGAGAGAGAAAACAAUGGAUACUAAAUCUCAUUUUUCUAAACAAAAAUUUAUUUAAAUAUUCCAAAAUAACACAAGGAACAAUAAAAUACACAUACAUAACACAAAAAAGUUUAUUUAUGAUCAUUACUGCAGAGGCAGCAACUUGAAUAUUUCAAGUGCCAUAAUUUUUUGGGGUGGGGACACAGUCUGUUUUGGUAGGUAACAAAAACUACACACAGAGACUUACAUAUGAAAAAAUGUGCGAAAACCUUAAUGGAAAGC